UAGCUGCCGUUGAAGAAGACAAGACGAAGAGAAUAUUGGCUUAAAAAAAACUCAAAAUGUCCUCACUAAAUGAGGUUAGAGACAUGCUGCUUAUAAGCCACAGUCUCAAUAUUAUAACAGACGAAGAACUUCUUUUGUUAAUGCUGGAAAAUUCUGGGAAAAGAUCGAGAAAAUCAAGUUUUCCUUACGACGACUACGAGCCGUUCAGCCUUGACGACAUGGACGAAGACGAGUGCAAGUCUGACUUUCGUUUUGAAAAAGACCAUAUUCCUUGGCUUGCAGAAUUGCUUGAACUGCCUGAAAAACUUAGUUUCUCAGGGAGUAUAAAGGUAGAAAAUGUCGAAGGGUUGUGUUUGGUGCUAAAACAGAUGACUAAUCCGUGCCAAAAAAACGACUUGAUUCAAUGCUUCGGAAGACCAAUAACUGAACUACGAAUGAUUACAAACAAGGUUAUCGAUUAUUUAUACAGGGCUCAUAAACACAGAAUUACUAAAUGGAACGAAGAAAUUCUUAGUUCAGACUAUCUACAACAAUAUUCUGCAGCUAUUUCUUCAAAAGGAGGAGUUCUCGAGAACUGUUUUGGAUUCGUUGACUGUCCGGUACGACAAAACAACCGCAAAAUAUUCAAUGAAGAAAAACCUGUUUACUCACUCAAAUACCAGAAUGUAGUACUCCCGAAUGGAAUGAUAGCCCACACGUAUGGACCAAUAGAUGGAAAAAGACAUGACUCCACAUUACUGGGAGAUUCUAAUCUUCUUCCUGACUUGGAGCAAUUUGCAUCCACUCCAAAUGGUCAUACAAUGUGCAUAUAUGGUAAUCCUUCGUAUCCAAUCAGAAUUCACCUGAAGGCACCUUACAAGCAGUGCAAGGACUCAGAACUUACACCAGAGAAGGAGGCUUACAACAAAUCAAUGAGUGAAGUAAAAUCACCUACAGAGUGGCUUUUUCCUGAUGUGUUCAACUCAUUUAAGUUCUUAGACUAUCAGAACAAUCACAAGAUUAGUUUGGAUUAUGUGUCCAAAAUGCAUGUUGUAUGUUGUUUAGUGCAAAAUGCCCUGACAUGUUUCUAUGGAAAUGAAACAGCAAAGUUUUUCAACCUGGAACCACCUGCAAUUGAGGAUUACUUUUCCUAAAGUAAUUCUUAUUCUGACUUGAUUAGCUGGAUUUGUUAAAGUUUUGAAACAAUAUAUAAAACAUUUAAAUAAUAUAAUAUAUGUAUACAAAUCAUCUACAACUUGCAAAUGUGCCAAUUUAUGUAUAGGCAAUCA